AUGCCAGCCCCUUUGUACCUCUCGGGUCCCUGUGAGGUAUGCGCCCAACCAGCACAUGGACGUCAUUUCGGAGUAAUGAGCUGUCGCGCCUGUGGCGCGUUCUUCAGACGAGCCGCCAAUCAAAAUUUCAAAGCCAGGGAUAAGACUUGUGAAAAAGGAGACUGUGAGAUUUUCAAGGAUGGAAAAUUUCAAUGUAAAGUAUGUCGGUUGAAAAAGUGCUACCAAGUUGGGAUGGAUUCUGGAAAAUUCCAAAGCGAUCGAGACCUGAUUUCCAACUCCAAUAAUUAUCUGGCACGGGGAAAAGUUAGUCCUCCACAAAGCUUAGCGAGUUUUGUGGGUCGUCCGGAAUUCAUUUUGUGUUGUGAACCUGACAAAAUGUCGUAUGUUAAAACUAUGAUAGAUGUGUCAGAUUUAAUCUACAAAGCCAGCAGUUAUCUACAAAAAGAUCCUAUACUUAUUCCUUACAAAUAUGAGAACAGUCUUGAAAAAAUGACACUAGCCAUGGAAGAUAUGAAAAUUAGACGAGCAAAUAAGCCAGUGCAAUUUGUAAAGACAAUUGGGAAAGCGGAAUCUUUGAUUUUUUAUGAAACAAAUUUUAUCGCAGCUGCACAGUGGUUUUCCGGAUUUCCAGAGUUCACAAGUCUAGAUAUGGAUGUGAAGCUAGAAAUUCUAAAAUCGUCUUGGCUGCUAUGGCUUCGGUUAGAGAAGCUGGCUGAAACUGCAGACUAUCAUAGACGGCACGUACUUGGCAGUGAUGUAUUCAUGUGCUCUGAAGGAGCAUGCUUAAAUGUUGAAACGUUUGAAUUGGACUUGAAAUGGUGUACAAAUUAUUCAGUAGAGCAGUUGAGGAAUUUCCUGAUUCCCGUUAUCGAAGAUCAUUGGAGACAAUCUGUUGCCAUUUUAACCGAACUCGAUCCUUCAAACAUCGAGCUCAACUUCAUGCUCAUCCAAUUAUGCCUUCACGAAGCUGGCAAAAAGUUCCAAGGAAAAAUCCUGGACGCCACUGACAAACUAAUGCAAAUUCAAGCUAACAAUCUGCACGACUAUUACACGAAAAAGCUGAAAUUGCCGAAUUAUUCUAGUCGAUUAACGAAACUGAUGAAAGUGAAUCAAGCGAUUGCAGCAGAUGCCAGGGAACGGAAAGAGAAAGCUUAUUUGGCCGAAAUUUUAAACUUAUUCACUGUGGAAUAUUCUCAUCCGGAAAUGUUCGAGAUUGCUUGA